AUGUCUGACAAGUGGGACCUCAACCCCAAGGAGGAUGCUCCUGAAGAGGGCAGCACUACGCCGCCGUCCGAUGAUGAGGGCACUAACAAUGCCGCUAAUGCCAACAAGGGUGCCGAUGACGAUGGCGCCGAUGCCAACGUUGCUGAUGCUAACGGUGCUGAUGCCAACGGCGCUGACGACAAGAAUGCUAACGAUGCCGGCGAUUCCAACGGUGCCGGUGAGGACGAUGCCGGUGACAACGGUGCUGGUGAGAAUAUCGACGCCCGCGAGAAGGCUCGUCUCCAUGGGUUCGUCGAACGCACACCAUACGACUACUCCGUGUAUGCUACCGGACGCAAGGACGACGACGCUGAUCGUGAGGAGCCUGCUUGGCUGGCCAAUGCCGCUGUGUAUGAGUGGAACGACGACUAUGGCGACGUGGGUCCCGCCAUCCCAGAGCUAGAGAUCGAGCUGUUCGGCUCUGAUUACCGCAUGCAAGCUGGCACCAAGUUUGAUGCUUUCAAGUACGAAGUCACAGUAGAAGCUCCUGAGCCCGUCCACCUCAUUCGUGAAUUCGCCAAUGCAGGCUUGCAUCCCGUCAUGCUCGAGAACAUCAAGCUCUGUGGCUACCGUUUCCCGACCCCGAUUCAAAUGUACUGCAUCCCUGCCAUCCUUGCUGGCACCGACGUUGUCGGAAUCGCUCAGACCGGCUCGGGCAAGACGGGCGCUUAUUUCAUUCCAAUCCUUUCCCGCUUGAUGGGAAAGGCGAAGAAGCUUGCGGCUCCGCGUCCCAAUCCGCGUACAUACAAUCCUGCCACCGACCGCGUGCGCGCAGAGCCCCUUGUGCUCGUCAUCUGUCCAGCUCGCGAGCUGGCUGUGCAAAUCUUCGAUGAAGCUCGUCGCCUCUGCUACCGCAGCCUCCUGCGUCCUGCCGUCGUCUAUGGCGGUGUUCCGCUCCGCCUUCAACUUGAGGAGCUUGGUCGCGGCUGUGAUGUCCUCAUCGCCACCCCGGGCCGUCUCAAGGCCCUGAUGGAUAAGCCGGGCGUGCUCUCACUCAAUCGCGUCAAAUUCACCAUCAUUGACGAGGCCGAUGAGAUGCUCCAAGACGACUGGGAGGAGGAUAUGAAGCGUAUCCUGGCUGGUGCAGACGUCAACGCCGACGAUGAUCACACAUACAUGAUGUUCUCCGCUACCUUUCCCAAGGAGGCUCGGAAACUGGCCAAGCGCUACAUGAUGGACGACCACGUUCGCAUCCGGGUUGGUCGUACUGGAUCAACCCAUACCAAUAUCACCCAGAAGAUUGUCUAUGUUGACGACAGCGCUAAGCGCCAAGCGCUCUACGAUCUGCUCUUCUCCCUGCCGCCCGCUCGGACCCUCAUCUUCGUCAACUCUCGUCGCAUGGCUGAUCUUCUCGAUGAUUACCUGUUCAACCUGGAGCUGCCCUCCACCUCGAUCCACUCUGAUCGCACGCAGGCUGAGCGUGAAGACGCCAUCCGUGCCUUCCGUACCGGACAAAUGCCAAUCAUGGUCGCCACUGGAGUCACAGCCCGCGGCUUGGACAUCAAGAACGUCUUGCAUGUAAUCAACUACGACCUCCCCUCUGCCGCCCACGGCGGUAUCGAUGAGUACAUCCACCGCAUCGGUCGCACCGCCCGCAUCGGAAAUGAGGGCCUUGCCACUUCGUUCUACAAUGACCGCAACGAGGACAUCGCCGAUGCGCUUGUCAAGAUCCUUGUUGAAACCAACCAAGACGUCCCCGACUUCUUGGCUGACCGCAUCCCCGAAGGCGAGCUGGUGUUCGAUGAUGACUCCGACAAGGACUCUGUCAGCAGCGAGGAUACCGACACCAAGACCGCCAUGCCUGGCGAUACUGCCACCGACGCUGCUGGUGAGAUUGCCGAAGAACCCAAGUGGACUGCUGCCGAGGAGCCCAAGUGGGACGGUGGCAACGAUACCCCCGCUGGCGACGAAGCCUGGUAG